AAAAAUGACACGCAAUAGCGACGAGCGGACGAGCCAAUAAAAAACGACGCGCAAAAACAAGAGUUUUGUAAAUCGAGUGCAAAACAUUCAUCUACUUUCGUGUAACUUGAUUCUUGUAUUGACUGUGUCCAGAUGGUUUUGUGUUAGUGAUAGUGCAAGACUAGUUUGGAAUCUGAUUGUUUUGGUGUCGUUCCAAGGCAUGACCACGGCGUGACUUCCAUGCCCUGUGUACCUACGGAAGGGCGUGCGCCGUGCAGAUUACGUUUACUAUGAAUGGUUUUAUCUCAUUCUAAACUCGAGUAUCUGUAUAUGACCGAGUGUAACAGCGAGCGUACCAAAUUAUGGAUUGAAAAGUGUUUGUUGUUUGUAUUUUGAUAUUUGCACCGCAUUGCUGCGGAGUAAUCGCCGUUAUCUCGGUUGAAGAUCAUAGUGGUUGAAAAUAAGCAGUCAUAUGGCGCCAGGACUAUCUCGAAUACGGAUUAGUUACGCCUUUCGAUUUGUCGAGCGCUUUACUAUUUACGCACUAUUGAAAAGAGAUAGUACGUAUUUUUAGUCGCGUCAACCGAGACUAGUGACUUUCAUAACAGUUCGUAAACAACUUGAAGGUUAUUUGUGUCUGAUGCGGAGGCGCUGACAUGGCUGCGGUUUCUGAGGCUGGCGCCAUCGUGCGUCAGGGCCACCUACGAAAAUUAAAGACGAUGAAAAAGAAAUUUUUCGUUCUACGCGCGGAAACCUCUGACUGUUCUGCUAGGCUAGAGUAUUACGAGAGUGAGAAGAAGUUUAGAUCAGGUUCGGCCCCGCGCCGCGUGCUGUCCCUUAAGAGCUGCUACAACAUAACUAGAAGGUUGGACUUGAAGCAGAAGCAUGUUAUUGCUCUUUUCACUCGACAGGAGCAGCUGUGCAUAGUAGCAAAGAAUGAGCAAGACUUGCAUGCAUGGUUGGCUGCUAUACUCAAAUUAUUCCGCAAUGAUGAUGCAAGUGCUGAACUUCUUCAUCCCAUACAACACGUAUGGCAAGUGAACGUCCUGAAGAAAGGUCUUGGCGCAUCCAAGAGCAUCCGAGGUUUAUAUAACCUGUGUCUCACAGACAAGACUUUAACUCUGGUUAAGAUCAAAAGCCACUACAAACAUAUCAGCGAUCUGGUCAUACCGGAACGUGUGGAGUACUCUCUGAAGAAUAUUAGACGAUGCGGUGAUUUGGAAUGUUUCUUCUAUAUGGAAGUGGGACGGCAGACGUCGACAGGUGCGGGAGACUUGUGGAUGCAUUUAGACAUCGCGCAGAGCAUGCAUUCAACUAUAUAUCAUGCGAUGAUGAACUGCGCGAAAGAGUCGGAGAAUGAAAAGGAUCAUAUAGUGGUACCUGGGAAAAGUUCUUUGCUCGAGAGUUCGAACCCACUACCCGCACAAAGGCAAACCUACUCAGAUGGCAGAGGACGCGCUGGACUUUAUAACGAUGUAACGGCACUUCGUAAUCGUUGUGAGACGAUGCCUUCUAGGGCUUGUUCCUCGUUCGAGUCGGACCGUCCACAAAUAACGAGGCACACUGAUGUCGUUGACGGUCUGGCUUCAUCACGCGACGACAUAGAUUCUAUAUCAGAAUGGUAUCGCACUCCGCGAAUACUGGAAGAGCCGGACUGCUGCGAAUAUAUGUUGCCUCGGGACUUUAUGAGUAUGCGCACGGGGUCAAUUGCACAUUCUCGAACAUCGUCAAUGGGGGUGGACGACGGCGGUGACAGAGACGUGGGUGACAUACCUGACGGCUAUUUGCCCAUGGGUCCGCCGCACUUGUCCUCAUCUGCCUCCGUUUGUAGCGGGACGCCUUCUACGGAUCUUAAAGAUCCAACGAUCGCCCGAACUCCGCCAACCCAUUCAGACAUACCAAAAUCGAAACCAGUCGACGAAUACGUCUACAUGUCCCCCCGCAACGCCGGUUAUGUAGAGAUGAAGCCCGGCGAGAUGUUCACUCCCAUCCCCUCGAUCAACCCCAUCUCCUCCCCGAUGAACUCCCUGACCCCCCCGGACGGGUACAUGGAGAUGAGCUAUCGCUCUCGCACUCGCCCCAUAGCUAUAACGAAUCGGCCGUCCUAUUCCUCCCCCGAUUCAGAGAAGGCUCUCCACGGAUCGCAGACCAUUUUCACCUUUUGCCCCGACUCCCCCCCUGAAAUCGAGCACGCGUUGAGCACCGUGAGGGAGAUUUCGGAGGAGGGGAGAGACGGAAGAGAAGGACGAGUCGAAGUCUCCUCUUCGCCUCAGUACGUGACGUUGGCGAGGCCCGAUUGCCUCAACAAUAAUAAGACUGCCAGGAUUGAUGAAAACAGAGAUGUAACGGCACUUCGUAAUCGUUGUGAGACGAUGCCUUCUAGGGCUUGUUCCUCGUUCGAGUCGGACCGUCCACAAAUAACGAGGCACACUGAUGUCGUUGACGGUCUGGCUUCAUCACGCGACGACAUAGAUUCUAUAUCAGAAUGGUAUCGCACUCCGCGAAUACUGGAAGAGCCGGACUGCUGCGAAUAUAUUUUGCCUCGGGACUUUAUGAGUAUGCGCACGGGGUCAAUUGCACAUUCUCGAACAUCGUCAAUGGGGGUGGACGACGGCGGUGACAGAGACGUGGGUGACAUACCUGACGGCUAUUUGCCCAUGGGUCCGCCGCACUUGUCCUCAUCUGCCUCCGUUUGUAGCGGGACGCCUUCUACGGAUCUUAAAGAUCCAACGAUCGCCCGAACUCCGCCAACCCAUUCAGACAUACCAAAAUCGAAACCAGUCGACGAAUACGUCUACAUGUCCCCCCGCAACGCCGGUUAUGUAGAGAUGAAGCCCGGCGAGAUGUUCACUCCCAUCCCCUCGAUCAACCCCAUCUCCUCCCCGAUGAACUCCCUGACCCCCCCGGACGGGUACAUGGAGAUGAGCUAUCGCUCUCGCACUCGCCCCAUAGCUAUAACGAAUCGGCCGUCCUAUUCCUCCCCCGAUUCAGAGAAGGCUCUCCACGGAUCGCAGACCAUUUUCACCUUUUGCCCCGACUCCCCCCCUGAAAUCGAGCACGCGUUGAGCACCGUGAGGGAGAUUUCGGAGGAGGGGAGAGACGGAAGAGAAGGACGAGUCGAAGUCUCCUCUUCGCCUCAGUACGUGACGUUGGCGAGGCCCGAUUGCCUCAACAAUAAUAAGACUGCCAGGAUUGAUGAAAACAGAGAUGUAACGGCACUUCGUAAUCGUUGUGAGACGAUGCCUUCUAGGGCUUGUUCCUCGUUCGAGUCGGACCGUCCACAAAUAACGAGGCACACUGAUGUCGUUGACGGUCUGGCUUCAUCACGCGACGACAUAGAUUCUAUAUCAGAAUGGUAUCGCACUCCGCGAAUACUGGAAGAGCCGGACUGCUGCGAAUAUAUGUUGCCUCGGGACUUUAUGAGUAUGCGCACGGGGUCAAUUGCACAUUCUCGAACAUCGUCAAUGGGGGUGGACGACGGCGGUGACAGAGACGUGGGUGACAUACCUGACGGCUAUUUGCCCAUGGGUCCGCCGCACUUGUCCUCAUCUGCCUCCGUUUGUAGCGGGACGCCUUCUACGGAUCUUAAAGAUCCAACGAUCGCCCGAACUCCGCCAACCCAUUCAGACAUACCAAAAUCGAAACCAGUCGACGAAUACGUCUACAUGUCCCCCCGCAACGCCGGUUAUGUAGAGAUGAAGCCCGGCGAGAUGUUCACUCCCAUCCCCUCGAUCAACCCCAUCUCCUCCCCGAUGAACUCCCUGACCCCCCCGGACGGGUACAUGGAGAUGAGCUAUCGCUCUCGCACUCGCCCCAUAGCUAUAACGAAUCGGCCGUCCUAUUCCUCCCCCGAUUCAGAGAAGGCUCUCCACGGAUCGCAGACCAUUUUCACCUUUUGCCCCGACUCCCCCCCUGAAAUCGAGCACGCGUUGAGCACCGUGAGGGAGAUUUCGGAGGAGGGGAGAGACGGAAGAGAAGGACGAGUCGAAGUCUCCUCUUCGCCUCAGUACGUGACGUUGGCGAGGCCCGAUUGCCUCAACAAUAAUAAGACUGCCAGGAUUGAUGAAAACAGAGAUGUAACGGCACUUCGUAAUCGUUGUGAGACGAUGCCUUCUAGGGCUUGUUCCUCGUUCGAGUCGGACCGUCCACAAAUAACGAGGCACACUGAUGUCGUUGACGGUCUGGCUUCAUCACGCGACGACAUAGAUUCUAUAUCAGAAUGGUAUCGCACUCCGCGAAUACUGGAAGAGCCGGACUGCUGCGAAUAUAUGUUGCCUCGGGACUUUAUGAGUAUGCGCACGGGGUCAAUUGCACAUUCUCGAACAUCGUCAAUGGGGGUGGACGACGGCGGUGACAGAGACGUGGGUGACAUACCUGACGGCUAUUUGCCCAUGGGUCCGCCGCACUUGUCCUCAUCUGCCUCCGUUUGUAGCGGGACGCCUUCUACGGAUCUUAAAGAUCCAACGAUCGCCCGAACUCCGCCAACCCAUUCAGACAUACCAAAAUCGAAACCAGUCGACGAAUACGUCUACAUGUCCCCCCGCAACGCCGGUUAUGUAGAGAUGAAGCCCGGCGAGAUGUUCACUCCCAUCCCCUCGAUCAACCCCAUCUCCUCCCCGAUGAACUCCCUGACCCCCCCGGACGGGUACAUGGAGAUGAGCUAUCGCUCUCGCACUCGCCCCAUAGCUAUAACGAAUCGGCCGUCCUAUUCCUCCCCCGAUUCAGAGAAGGCUCUCCACGGAUCGCAGACCAUUUUCACCUUUUGCCCCGACUCCCCCCCUGAAAUCGAGCACGCGUUGAGCACCGUGAGGGAGAUUUCGGAGGAGGGGAGAGACGGAAGAGAAGGACGAGUCGAAGUCUCCUCUUCGCCUCAGUACGUGACGUUGGCGAGGCCCGAUUGCCUCAACAAUAAUAAGACUGCCAGGAUUGAUGAAAACAGAGAUGUAACGGCACUUCGUAAUCGUUGUGAGACGAUGCCUUCUAGGGCUUGUUCCUCGUUCGAGUCGGACCGUCCACAAAUAACGAGGCACACUGAUGUCGUUGACGGUCUGGCUUCAUCACGCGACGACAUAGAUUCUAUAUCAGAAUGGUAUCGCACUCCGCGAAUACUGGAAGAGCCGGACUGCUGCGAAUAUAUGUUGCCUCGGGACUUUAUGAGUAUGCGCACGGGGUCAAUUGCACAUUCUCGAACAUCGUCAAUGGGGGUGGACGACGGCGGUGACAGAGACGUGGGUGACAUACCUGACGGCUAUUUGCCCAUGGGUCCGCCGCACUUGUCCUCAUCUGCCUCCGUUUGUAGCGGGACGCCUUCUACGGAUCUUAAAGAUCCAACGAUCGCCCGAACUCCGCCAACCCAUUCAGACAUACCAAAAUCGAAACCAGUCGACGAAUACGUCUACAUGUCCCCCCGCAACGCCGGUUAUGUAGAGAUGAAGCCCGGCGAGAUGUUCACUCCCAUCCCCUCGAUCAACCCCAUCUCCUCCCCGAUGAACUCCCUGACCCCCCCGGACGGGUACAUGGAGAUGAGCUAUCGCUCUCGCACUCGCCCCAUAGCUAUAACGAAUCGGCCGUCCUAUUCCUCCCCCGAUUCAGAGAAGGCUCUCCACGGAUCGCAGACCAUUUUCACCUUUUGCCCCGACUCCCCCCCUGAAAUCGAGCACGCGUUGAGCACCGUGAGGGAGAUUUCGGAGGAGGGGAGAGACGGAAGAGAAGGACGAGUCGAAGUCUCCUCUUCGCCUCAGUACGUGACGUUGGCGAGGCCCGAUUGCCUCAACAAUAAUAAGACUGCCAGGAUUGAUGAAAACAGAGAUGUAACGGCACUUCGUAAUCGUUGUGAGACGAUGCCUUCUAGGGCUUGUUCCUCGUUCGAGUCGGACCGUCCACAAAUAACGAGGCACACUGAUGUCGUUGACGGUCUGGCUUCAUCACGCGACGACAUAGAUUCUAUAUCAGAAUGGUAUCGCACUCCGCGAAUACUGGAAGAGCCGGACUGCUGCGAAUAUAUUUUGCCUCGGGACUUUAUGAGUAUGCGCACGGGGUCAAUUGCACAUUCUCGAACAUCGUCAAUGGGGGUGGACGACGGCGGUGACAGAGACGUGGGUGACAUACCUGACGGCUAUUUGCCCAUGGGUCCGCCGCACUUGUCCUCAUCUGCCUCCGUUUGUAGCGGGACGCCUUCUACGGAUCUUAAAGAUCCAACGAUCGCCCGAACUCCGCCAACCCAUUCAGACAUACCAAAAUCGAAACCAGUCGACGAAUACGUCUACAUGUCCCCCCGCAACGCCGGUUAUGUAGAGAUGAAGCCCGGCGAGAUGUUCACUCCCAUCCCCUCGAUCAACCCCAUCUCCUCCCCGAUGAACUCCCUGACCCCCCCGGACGGGUACAUGGAGAUGAGCUAUCGCUCUCGCACUCGCCCCAUAGCUAUAACGAAUCGGCCGUCCUAUUCCUCCCCCGAUUCAGAGAAGGCUCUCCACGGAUCGCAGACCAUUUUCACCUUUUGCCCCGACUCCCCCCCUGAAAUCGAGCACGCGUUGAGCACCGUGAGGGAGAUUUCGGAGGAGGGGAGAGACGGAAGAGAAGGACGAGUCGAAGUCUCCUCUUCGCCUCAGUACGUGACGUUGGCGAGGCCCGAUUGCCUCAACAAUAAUAAGACUGCCAGGAUUGAUGAAAACAGAGAUGUGUGCACUUUGAAGUCAGCGAUCAGCCCACCGGACGCCUCCGCACGAGAACACGUACACGCGUGUCGCGUACGUACGUAUACGCAACAAACGGGAUUAUCAAAUUUUGUUAGGAAAUUUAAAAAUCACGUUGACGUCGCCAAAGUGUGUGUUCUACAGUUUUAUACCACGUGUUACUCAAAAUCAUAAGUUCUACCUCCGUAUUCUACGCGUUGACAUUUGUAAAGACUAAAUUGUGAGACACGUGUUGGAAUACGGGCCCCGUAAGUGAAGGGAGUUUCAAUAAUUGAGAACGUGGCUUAAUCGAUGUUGUACAAAAUCUGGUUAAAUCGAAUGUUAUUUUUUUGUUAUUUUUCUGUUAUUGAUUUGAAAUAUUAAGUUUUGAUCGAAAUUAAGUUGACUCGGGUCGCUCGCUUCUGUUUAAAAUGAUACAUUUAAAUCUUUCAAUCAAUAUUUUUGAUAUAAAAUUUUGUCAAUUCGUAUCAUCAAAGUCGGGAAAUCAAAGAUUAAUCAGAUAUCGGUUAGGAGUUGUUGUUCGAAUUAAAAAUAUUUAAAAAUACAAAGUGAACUCGACACGCGAUAAUAAACGAAUUUAUGUUCAAGUUUCACAAAUUUGGUUCAAACGUUUGUCGCGUUCACGUAAGCCACGGUUGUGAGUGAGGCCUAAUUAGUUGAUAGUUACGUUCCGACGUACCCGUUGUGUUCGUAGUUACAGCUCUGACCGCGAAAUUAACGCGGACAGAUGGUCACGUAGACGUGCGCGUACGUUCGAGGCCAUUCUUAUAUUACAUGUUCUAUAUAGCAAACAAUAUUUAGAAAAUUUAACACAGAUCUUAGUUAUUUUCAUACAAUUUUUUGUAAUAAACAGUUAGAAAAUAAAAAAAUAGCAGAAUUAAGGCCGCAACGUGACCACCUGUCACGCCUCCAGCCCGUUUGUUAUACUGUUUAUAACGAGAGUCCCAUUUAUUUCCCGUUUAAUUUCUUAUGAAAAGUGGUGCUCGUUGUAUUAACGGCUCUCGGUAUAGACAGGUGAACCUGAGCCUGCCCCUCGGCCCCUUCUGCCCCUUCGUUACCUCAGAGAUACCACCUGUGUUUAGUUCCUCGGCGUGUGACGCGUUAUUUAUUACGACACGUCUACGUAUAGUUUUAGUUCUCGCUUCUGUGGCCGUCGGUGACUGUCGGGUUUGACCCGGUCGUUCUAUAACUUGUUAUGAACAAUUUUAUUUUAAUUACGACGAAACGAGAGAAAUUUGUUUGUUUGGAGUAAAUGUUCCAAAUGAAAUGCGUUCAAUUGAUUUGUAAGUUUCGAAUAUUUGAGACAAAUUGAGGCGCAAUCUUUCACAAUGACUUGAUGAACGGAAUUUAAGUUUUGAUUCUCUCUUUUCUCUCGUAAAGUUCAGGCUCAGGCUUCGUAAUGAUGUGUUCAAGAUUUUUUUUUUUUCAUAUUGACAGUUUACAGCUAGGUGAUAUUGUCUCUGGUUACGUGUUACACUUGUUAUUGCGUGUUUCGUAGGUGAUGGGCGUCUGAUGUGCCGUACUUGGUUUAUGGCAAAUUAUAUGCCCAGUUUCUGGAAAGAAAUCGCAAGUUUUUCAUCUAAAUUUUGUAAUUGUCAAAUGUUUGGUUGUGCAAAUGGAAUUGCUAGUGGGACCUCUAGGCCCUUAAAUUUCCAGUACGGCAGGUUCCAUGCGCUUUGUAUCCAACGCCUUCCCUCCACCAUUAUUUUAAUAACAUGUCAAUAAUCUCAUUUUAUAAAAUAAUUGAAAAUUCUAGAAGUCGUAAAUUUUGACACAACCUCUUGACUUUUGUUUUUAAAAUGGUCAACGUAAAAAUUUUGUAAGUUGCAUAUCUCUGGUAAGGAUUAUGCCAGUUAAACUAAUCAAGCUUACAAAAAAUACGUUAAAACGCCCAAAUUUGUUAAAUUGAACCGGAAUACGAAAAUUUUUAUAAUCUUGUAUGGUUUAAAUCAAUAGAAUAACCCAACCAAUAGUUUCUGCAACUUCAAUAAAUUAAUAUCUAAACACGAAAGUCACUUUAGAAUAGUGCUUCCCAACAUUUUUUGGGCCAUGCCCCACCUUAGUCAUUCCGAAAAUUAAAAGUUGUAUUGUACACUUACCUUAAUGAAAAACACAGCAAGUAAAUUUUCAAAACAUAUAGCGAACAACUAAUAUUAAAACGGGGCGUGGGCCCCAGUUGGGGACCACUGGUUUAGAACGUUGACCGCGAUUAGAACUGGGUAUAAUAUUUCCAGAAUAAAAAUCCAGCCAUCCAUUCGGCAGCAUCUGCGGCAUAUCGGACCGCGGACGCCUCAGUAAUUAUUAACUGACCCGUAGUCUGUUCUAGCUAUGUUUAGCUCAAAUAAGUAAAUGUCGAUCCGUUGUUGGGCACAAUUAGGUACAAUUACGCGGUUCUUCAAAGACGCCGAUCUUAGUACUACAUAUAUGCACCACUGAUACGUUUUGUUCUUUUAAUAUAACUGUCUAAGUAAAUUUAAGCAGCUCUUGUAUUUUUUAUUUUCUGCAUUUGAAAAAUUAUUGGAAGAACGAAUAUUAUCAUAUAAUCAAAUUGCAGUUUAUAUAACUACCUCGCAUGUCCAGAGAACCAAACAUUACAGAAAACGAAAAAAAUGUUUUAGAUGGUAAAAUUUAUGUUAAUAAUAAAUAAGUCCUUACUUCAUGAUUAGACCAGUUAAAUGACAUAAGAGUUUAAGAAUAAAAAAUAAAUGUUUUUUUGACAUACGAGGUUAUCAUUCUAGUGACGAUAUAUCAUAUAUGUUCCUCUUGACAUAAAUACAGCAUCGUUUGAUACAAAUAUGUAAUAGGAGCUGCUUAAAUUAAACUAUAUUGGUAUAUUUCAAAUCGUUUUUACCGGAAUGAAUUAGGACGAAAGCGUUAUACGUGUAAAUCGACGACCCGUUCCUUAACGAUCACUAAAUAGAACUAUUUUAUAUUACAAUAGUAUAAUUAUGCUACUUAAAAUAAUUUUGAUAAGACCUUAGAGUCGUUCAUUAAAAGCUCUCAUACACUAUUUUUGCCUAUUUCGUUUCCCUAAGUCAACUUAAGUAAUAGUUAACUUUUUUAAUUAUGAGUAAUAACAGUUUUUUUUUCGUUGGAGAUUUCUGCGGUUGUCUUUUUGCUCUCUUGUUCUGUUAGCGUUGGGUUCUUCUCUACUAAACUCGAUUUAGUAGAAUGUGCAAAUUUUUAUUUCCUCUAAUACAAAUUUUAUCCUCUGCGUCAUCGGCCUUUAGCGCCCUGAGAACCCCACGAGGCCGUAUGGCCCACUUAAGUGCGGCUUCAAGGCCUUGAGGUACGACUGGUGCGCUAGCAGCAUGAGGGGCUUGGUGUCUAGUUCCAACAACUCGUCCAAUAGCUUCAGACAAAUUUCCGCAUUCUCCAUGCACAAGCGAUAGAUUUUUCAGUUAACUUAUCCUACAGCCUUACCAUAUCAACCCGUUAUGAGCUGGUCGUUGAUGCAAUAAAUGUAGUAUGCUAUGUAUGAUACACGGUAGACAUUCCGACAGAAGCAAUUUGACUAAUUCUCAUGUGUUCAAUAAUCUUCCACUACCAAUCUUAAUAACUUAAUUUUAUUUUGGUACAAUGAUUAUCGUUUAAUAGCUAUUCUACUACAGUAAUAAUGAAAAUUUCUAUUGAUAAGUAUGUUAUUGAGAUUGGCCAUAAGAGCUAUAGGUUUUUGUCAUUUACAAGCUAAGGGAGCGUUCAAGUAUUACGUCACACAAUUUUUGGAGAUCAUUGCCCCCCCCCCCCCAUGUAACGCGCCGUAACGUUUUUCUGUACCCAAGUAUAGUAAAACAUUUCGUGACCACCUAGUGACUCUUUAUACCUAAAAGUUACCAUUAUGUGGCGUAAAGUACUGGAAAGUCAAAAAUAAUUGUUUUACAAAGGGAUCGUUAUGUAAUACUUGGACGCUCCCUAACACAUCCCACCAUAUAUUUAUACUGUAAAUAUCCUAGAACGACAAAAUCAAUGGCUUUCACCGGACUUAGGUCGUAUGUACCUACGCUCACCGCCCUCAAGAUGACGUAAUGGGACCUAUAUGCCUGACUGAGUUAACACCAAAUUUUAUAUAUAAUGUUAUUUAUUGAAGGCGUCUGAUGAAUUAAUUGUAUCCCCAAUCUGGACCUCUUCUGGUCGAUAAACUAGCUUUAAAUUACCCGGAAAGGUAGCUUUCACGGCUACAAAGGUUCGCUGAGUGCAGUCCGUGCCCGAGGGUGUGUAUAAAAUUAGAGUCAAAAUUCCUGAUAUUCGAUAUCCCAGAAAAUUGCGUCGCCUCUUGGCGAAUGUUUUAAGCGGUAUUUAGUACAAUUGGGCACAGCCGUUGUUUUUAUACAUACAUAUAGCGUUGUCUGGUGUCUGCGACUUUAACCAGUGUAAGUAUAAUUUGUUCAAAAUACGAGUGGAUAAGAAUUUUUUUUUUUUUUUUUAGAAUUUAAUUUAAUUAAUUAUUUAAUUUAGGCGUAAGUUUGGCCACGGUCGCUGACGAGUCGCCAGGCGUCGGAGUUUUUUUAAUUUUAGCCUGUACGCAGAUAGCUAGCCACCUCGCAAUUAUGUAGUUACAUUUAGGUAGAUAUAUAUUAUACAUUUACGAGUAGCGUAUUUACUUUAUUCCACAUAGCUGUAAGGCGUCGAGUCGGCCCUAGUGUUAAGUGCACCCGUACCGAAUAGCGUAAACGAACGGAACCUCCUUUUAUGAUACGAGUUGUUCGUAUGUUCAUAUUUUACAAAGUGUUAUAUAGAGAAAAUAUUUAUUCAUAAGCACAAAUACGUUUUAUGCUAAGGGUCACAAAAGCAGAUGAAAAUAUAUUUAGAAAAAAGUUGCGUAUUAUAAAAGGAGCGUUCGGCAACAUUUACAUUGGUGGGAAACGUAUUAUACGACAUCGAAAGCUAGUGUGAGUGCGGCCUUAUUAUCGUCUAUUGUACGAGAAGAAGCUCCACGAGAGACGUCAUGACAAAUGGAGUUUUAUUCUAUACUAGUCCCAUUGCAAGUUUAAUAGGAUUUUGCAUAAAGAUGUUCCUGUAACGGCGUAAAGUUUUUUUUUUUAAUAUUAUGAGUAAGUGUGCAUAGUGAGCGUGUAGUUGCGACGGGAGCCAACCGGCGAGCACCGAGUGGUCGUUCUGCAAAGGUGCUAUUCGUGUUAGUGACGUCGGCUUGCGGCUGAGCCAUAUCACAAGGCCCUAGAUCUAGACUAACAUCACUACUCUUACGUAUUUUAGCUUUUGUAACUGAGUGCGGCUCUCGCUGAAAUGUUUCUAUCACAUUUAAAGUUUUCUCUCGCAUUUUCGUGGGCUCGCCCGAUGUUAUGUUUUAUAAAUUUCUAAAUCUGAUUUUUCGUACGUUGCGUUUUGUUUACUUUCAUAUUACGAUUAUAUUGUAAAUGAAUAAAAGCUUUGGAUUUGA